AUGGCCAAUCGACGACAGCGGCGGUUCAUAGUCAUCGCCGUAUUUCUCUUCGGCUUCUUCGUCUUCCACAACCUCCGUUCUUCGGCGUCCAGCCGUCAACCGACUCCCAGCCAUGCAGACAUUCCUAUUUUCAAGAGCAGCUCUGAUUGGGCCACCCAUCAGCACAAGUAUCCCAUAGCUCCGGAAGCGAUGUACCAUCUGCCGACCGAACAACCGAAAAACCUCCCCAGAGUACAAUUCAAGCCAAGCGCCAAGCGUGGGCGGACCAAUGACGCGCUCUCUGAGUCUCGACGGCUCGCGGUUCGAGAUGCAUUUGUGAAGAGCUGGAGCAGCUACAAGAAGUAUGCUUGGGAGUAUGAUGAGCUUGCGCCCGUCACUGCCAAGGGCAAGAAUACCUUUGGAGGCUAUGCGGCUACUCUUGUCGACGCCCUCGAUACUCUGUGGAUAAUGGACCUGCGCGAGGAGUUCGAGUCGGCUUUGCCGGUCAUUGGAGCCAUGGAUUGGGACAAGACCGAAGAAACGGCUAUCAACGUCUUCGAGACUACUAUCCGCCACCUCGGUGGGCUGCUGAGCGCCUACGACCUCAGCAGCGAACCAGUAUUGUUGGCCAAGGCGAUUGAGCUGGGAGAUAUGUUGUACGCCGCCUUCGAUACGCCGAAUCGCAUCCCCCCCUUUUGGCUAGACUUCAAUCUCGCGAAAACCGGAGGACUUGUCGCGGGAACGAACGACCCUUCAGCAUCGCCUUGCUCGCUAUCUCUCGAGUUUACGAGGCUGUCGCAACUGACAGGGAAUCCGAAAUACUUCGACGCCAUCGAGAGAGUCAAGCUCUUCCUGGAAAGGACGCAGCACGAGACUAAGUUGCCAGGCAUGUGGCCGGCACUCAUCAACUUUCGUGACGAGUCCGUCACCAACCACAACGAGUUCACCCUGGGCGCACUCGCAGACUCGCUGUACGAGUAUCUUCCCAAGAUGCAUGCUCUUCUUGGCGGAACGGACCCCACCUAUGAAAAGAUGUAUCGUGACGCCAUGAAAGUGGUUGAGCAGUACCUCUUGUUCCGACCCAUGCUACCCAGUGGCGAAGACAUCCUCUUUGCCGGUACGGCUUUUGCCGAGAACAACGUCAGACGUAACCCGGAGAGCCAACACUUGACUUGUUUCGUGGGCGGCAUGUUCGGCUUGGGCGGCAAGCUGUUCGGCAUUAAAGAACACGUGGUCCUGGCUAAGAAACUGGCGCGCGGCUGCGGCUGGGCUUACUCCUCCUUCCCCACGGGGCUUAUGCCCGAGAUAUUCGGCAUGGUACCCUGCGACUCGCUCAAAGGGUGUAAGUGGGACGAGGAGCGCUGGAAGCGCGAAGGCGACAGCACCCUGAAGAAAGGGUUCUCGCAUGCCCGCGACCCGCGGUACAUCCUUCGGCCCGAGGCGAUAGAGAGCAUCUUUCUACUGUACAGAAUAACUGGAGAUCGCGAGUUCCAAGAUACUGCCUGGACCAUGUUCCAAGCCAUCGUCAAGGCGACCGAAACGCAAUACGCCCACUCGGCCAUUGCCGAUGUCACUGUAGACGGAGAAACGGAGAAACUGGACUCCAUGGAGGUAAAGUUCUCACUUCUUUUAAGUAUAUUUAAAAGUAUGGUGAUGCUAAUUCGCCCUUGCAAACAGAGCUUCUGGUUGUCGGAGACGCUCAAGUAUUUUUACCUCAUCUUUUCUCCCCCAGACCUCAUCAGUCUUGACGAAUUCGUCUUGAAUACAGAGGCGCACCCCCUGAGAAGAAAGAAGCCAGCAAAGGAGCCUACUUCCAUUUGA